CUUACUCUGUCUCUCUCUCUCGCGCGCGCGCUCUCGCUCUAUCUCUCUCCAGACCCAACUCAACUCACUGCCCGCGAUGGCAGUUUGAAUCGCUCAAUGUGCCAUUCACUGAUUCGAGACGCCGGAGAUAUUAUCGAUACCCCGAACCACUUAGUGGUCACGGAGGAGAUAGAGCCAUUAUUUUGUCUCUUGUCUUACAACAUCUCUUAAAGAAAACAAAAUCUAUCUGUCAACAAAGGGACAGCUAUAUUCCUAACCUUCAGUGUCCUUUAUUUGACGAAAAUGUUCUACAGCUAAAUGACUAGAAUGCUCCGAACCUCCAGUGUCUAUUAUUUGAAGAAAAUGUUCCACAGCUGAUUUACUACUAGUUCGUCAGAACCUUCGGUUUCGAUUCGUUGGUGAAGUCGUAUGUACAGCUAAAUCGUUGACGCACCUCCUGUUUAUUAAAGCGCUCCAUUGGGUAACGGAAAUGACGGUCCGGAUCCAUCCGACAUAAAGGAUAUGCAUUGUGUUUCUGUUACCAGACGAUGCGUGUGGGAAAUAAAAGUACGCCUGCAGUUUCUGCUGUUUGAUGAUAGCGCUGUCAGGAAAGUCAACUAAUUAAUAAAAGGACAUUUAACCACCGUUGGUUUUCUCGUCUUUUUAUUUUUCGCUCUGUGUGUGUGUUUUUUUUCACAAGGAAGUGACCGCUUGGGAUAAUAUCAACACUUGUGAUAAACCGGGUCGUGCUGGUGAGCAUACUAUUUUCAAUUAGUCGUGAACGUCAGAAUUGUGUGGUGUGGUUCGAUUUGACAGCUUUGGGAUACCGAUCUGCAAUUUUAUGUCGCUGUUGGUGGUCCAUGAGCGUCGUGCAUACUGCGCUGUAAGUGAAGAUUUCCAAAACUAAUAAUACUCCGUAGCACAGCUAUAAACUGUGGUGUGAUGUGAUCCACGUGUAUAACGGAACGAAUCGUAAUAAUAACGGGACAAUACACCAUUCGGUUUUAUCCAUACUGUGUAAUUUUAGUAGCGGGUUUGUGUCGGAUAACUUGUAAUGGUGUCAAAUGCACAAUAAAAUAUCGAACAACGAUGGACCGUUAAUUCGAUAUUGUGGAAUCCUCAACAUUGACGUUUUGAACAAUAUAAAGGAAACAAGAAAAACAUUUAGAUACCUGAGGAUUUUGUAACAAGGGUAUUAUAUUUUAAAAACGGAAAUAUGCAGAAAAAGCAGCACAGCGCUUCCCCGGACAGACUUUCGGAAAUACAGGGUCUACAGAAUGACAGCGUGGAUGCGGUGAAGGCUAAUUUAGGCGUUCUGAGGAGAGCUUUCUCUUCUAUUAAAAAGAGAAAGAAGAAAACCGCGGAUGCCUCUACCAAGUCCUCUCCACUCCGCAACAAUGGUCACUUGGCCGUUCGCGUGGUGCACUCCAGUCCGAUCGACUAUGGUUGUUCGUAUUUUAGUUCUCCAACUUCUGACUUAGCAGCUCGACGUGGAGUAUUCAGCCGAAGACAUUACGGAUCAGUGGAAUUGUUGACCUCGCUGGAUUCUGAUGGGUGUCAGCAAAACGCCGGACGUUUUCGAGUGGAGUCGGGUGAUAGGGCCGACUGUGACGAGGUUUUUUUCAACACUCAGGGUACGAAUUCGCUCAACAGUCUUAUCCACCUUGAAAAUCCAGAAUUUCAGACGAGAUGGUACUUCAAAUAUUUCCUAGGCAAACUUCAUCAGAACUACGUGGGCACUGACUCUGAAAAGGAGCCGUUUCUGCUGUCGGUGGUGGUGACUGACGCCAACAACCACAACGUGCCCCAGUACCGAGCUAUUCUGUGGAGGAAAACGGGCGCAAAGAAAAUAUGCUUACCGUAUAACCCAAAUAAACCACAAACAGUGAAAGGUAUAUUAUCACAUUUUGACCUUAACAAGCUGGACAGAGGUCCGCGGGAAAUCUUUGAUCCUCACAUACAGAAGGAACACUUGGUGCUAGAGGAGCAAGAGGGAUCGGUGAAUUUCAAGAUUGGUGUGUUGUUCGCAAAGGAAGGCCAGAGCUCUGAUGACGAAUUCUACAGCAACGAAGAUGGAAAUGAAAAUUUCCACAGGUUUGUCAGUCUCCUUGGCGACGAGGUCUCAUUAAAGGGCUGGGAUAAAUUUAAAGCCGGCCUGGACGUGAAAUCCAAUACAACGGGGGAGCACUCUGUAUAUACUGUAUACGAAGGGCAUGAGAUCAUGUUUCACGUAUCAACUCUACUGCCUUACUCCAAAAAUAAUAAACAACAGGUUGAAAGAAAGCGCCAUAUUGGAAACGACAUUGUGAAUAUAGUUUUUGUCGACUGUGAUACGGACAAGACCCCCACGUUCAAGCCUUCCAUGAUGAAAACUCGAUUUACACAUAUCUUUCUUGUUGUCACGUACAGCAAAGAAAACGAUUGGUACAGGUUACAGGUUUUUUCAGAAGAAUCAGUACCAUUGUUUGGACCGCCAUUGCCCUCGCCUCCAUUAUUUACUGACCACGACGCGUUCAGAGACUUUCUGUUGGUUAAAGCUAUAAAUGGAGAAAAGGCCGCUGUCAACAACCCGAUGUUUGGACAGAAGCGGGAAAGAACUUUGGAGAUGCUGAUUAAGAAUAUAUACCAAGAUUACAUGUCGGAUACAAACAAGACGAACAUGCUGUACAGACGAGCGUUUAGUGACGUCAUUCAGGAUACACUUGGUUCUAGGCGGAAAGAGGAAGCAAGAAGGGCAGAAUUUGUACUGGUUGGACAGGCACUGAAAGUGAAGACAAUAGAGAAAGGAGAUGCACCUACCAGUUUAAUCAACACAGGACUUUCUGGACUGCUAAGGAGAGAGCCAUGGGAACCACAGAAAUGCUACACAGAAUUUCCUCAUCUGAUUUUCUGCGGAGACUCUUGGGGUGAUAAACUGGUUCUGUCUACUGACUCUGGAACAUUGGUCCUAGAAGAAGGCCUCCAGCCAAGAACGAUAAUCGACAAGUCCGUGACAGUGAAACAGCUCAGUGUGGUGGAAAUUCACGGCUUGUUGAUUCUCAGAACUGACAAAGGGAAAGACAGCAGGAUCAAUGUGAUCCGACUGGCAGAUUUUGAAGGUGAACACAAUGAAACAACUGCGAGAACAAAAGCUGACCUAAAAGACCAUAAGUUGGAGAGAACUAAAGGAUGUUUACUGUACGCCAUAAACAAACCCGGUGGCAGUCACUUGAGACUGGUGGUGUCGAUGGGUAAACGACUUCUUCUCUUCACGUGGAAACACUCCGCCGCUUGGUCGGCCUGGUGCCCCACCCUGGACCACGACACAACAGACGGCUUCACGUUUGUCAGGGAACUCCAGACUUUCGAAACACCCCAACUGAUCACGUUAAUCGACGGUAUGAGGGGAGACAACCAGAUUUGUAUUGGAUACAAGAAUCAGUUUGACCUCAUCAACGAGAAAAAUGGUGACACGUUACAACUAUAUCACAUUGAUGCCAACAAGGUAACCCUGGUGUCAGCCUUGGACAUUUAUGAAGAUGACGAAGCAGAACUGAUUCUUUGUUACAACCACGUGAGUCAUUUUCAGAAGUUGAAAGAAGAACAAUGUCAUGAUUAUGAUUUCUACUGGAACUCUGAACCCCAUUCUAUAGUUUGUGCCUUCCCCUACGUCAUGGCCUUCACCCCAGAUACAAUAGAAAUCCGUCUGAUCAUCAACGGGAACCUCGUGCACACGAUGACGAUGCCAGACCUCACCAUGAUCACUUCCAAGUGUGACAUUUACUUUUCAUCAUCUGCAUCAAGAACAAACACACCAACAGAGAAAUCAAGAGAGAAAGAGCAGUCCUUUUCACCACCCCCUUCUCCCUCUUAUUUGUAUUCAUUCACAGCGAAAACCUCGUCAGGGCCAGUGGUGAACAUUUACAAAAUCCCACUCACCUGUUUGGCGGGUCAGAUGAGCACAGACAAGGGUGUUCCUGCGGCGACGGGCUCCCCUCCGUCGACUCUCCUGGCACCCAUUACCAACAAUGGUGACCGUUCUCCAGGUGUUCUCAAGAGAAGCCCUUUAGUCAGGACGAAAAGAGCAGCUUCUAGUCUACCAUCUGACAGCAAAUUUUCUUACCUUUCAAUUCAGGAGAAAGACCGUCAUGACUCGUCAAGUUCAGACUCUGGAAUAACAAUGCUCAGAACAAACGAGUUUAGCCCGCCAUCAAGUCCCUUCAACAAAGUAUCACCGACUGUCGACUCGGAACCGGAAACGGAUCUUGUAUGAUGUCAUCGAGUGCUUUUGAGAAUCUCAACAACAAAUUUGUGAUGAAGAGUGUAUUUUAUAUUUAUUUUUUGUCAGAUAUUUUGAGAUAUAGAUCUAGUCAUGUAUUUGUGCGUGAUUCAAUGAUGAACUGUUUUUGUUAUCUUGGAACCGAUGGUGCUGCCUAAUUCUAAUCGUGUAUGAUGGAUAACUGCUACUGAUGUGGAUUACUUCUGUUGAGCCAUCAGCCAUCAAGCGUAUCACUAUUUUUUUUUUCAUAUGGUGGAUAUUUUCAAAUUGAGAAUGUGCACUAUGUUUUGUCAAAGACUUCUCGACGUUUUUUAAAUACAUUGUUCGAUGAUUUUAAUACACAAACAUCUUUUCACGAUGGAUCUAAACUCUUAAUGAGUGAGUGUGUGCGUGUAAGGAUUGGUGAUGUAAAUGCGAAUAUAUUUCGCCGUUAUUCGUGCACAUUUAUGUUUGAGAGAUGACGUCAUCAAAUAUAUUUCGACGAUGGUCCUAGACUCCCCUUAUGUGUAUUUGUGAUUUCUCGAUGACCUGAAUACACAGACAUCUUUUGACACUGAAUUUUGUGUAUUCACAUUUGUAAUUUACCCAUGACGUGCAAACACGAACAGCUUCAAACAUCUCGACUUUAUGACUAAUUAGUAAUCUACCACGAUUCUUAAAUUGUUGCCAUUUCCUGAAUGGGACUCUGCAUAAUGUGUGUUUGUAUUGCGAUCUAUUCGUGAUCAGUCUAUGAUCUGCUACAUAAUAGCCUUUUGGAAAUAUUGCUGCUUCGUUUUGUGUAUAUGUGAUUGGUUAUGGUUUGCCACAGACAUUUAGAUGUGUCAUAUUUCUGCCUAUCUGUCUUGUGCACAUGAUUAUCAAUGAUAUGACUCUGAAAUGAUACGUGUGUGCGUGUACAUAUACGUUUUAUUGACAUCUUCACAGACUUGUGAUACACGUUUUGUGUAUGUGUACAUCAAGUUCACACGUUUGUUAAAACCUUAUGUAUGUGUGUGUUUGGACGAUUUGCUACAGGCGUCUAAAAUAUCGCCUACCAUACCCCCCCUCCCCCCCCCCCUCUCUCUCUCUCUCUCUCUCUCUCUCUCUCUCUCUCUCUCUCUCUCUCUCUCUCUCUCUCUCUCUCUCUCUCUCUCUCUCUCUCUCUCUCUCUCUCUCUCUCUCUCUCUCUCUCUCUCUCUCUCUCUCUGUGUGUGUGUGUGUGUGUGUAUGUAUGUGAUGUACAAAUGAUCUAAUAACUAACACCUGCACCAUUUGCUUAUUCUACCUGUGUACAUGAGCAUCUGCAAAUCCUAUUACUUCAGCUUUAGCAUGUGUAAGUACAUUUUCUAGAUUUCAUCAUAACUUGUUUUAAUGUUCUCAUUCUACCUGUGAAUAUGUGUGCACCUGUGAUUGAAACUGUUUGUAAAUACACUCCAGUUUAAUGAACGUUGACAAAAUAAUGUUAUGUUAAUACGUUGAUUUUAUGUUUUUCUAGUCCAUAUCAGAAACACAAAUUGAAUUUGUGUGUAUAUAUAUAUAUAUAUAUGGAAUAUUGUUUUGUAUGAUAGUUCGAAUGUUUCAAUUGCACUAUAUGCUCAAUACUAUAAUAUAUAGAAUAUUUGUUACUACAAAUGUUAAAUUACUAUAUUGUGCGUUGAGUGAAAGUGUGUAUUUAAUAUGUUCGAUUUUUGUGUUUAUUUAUACUUUCAAAGCUGGAUUAGAAUUCAAGGUCGAAGGCUUUAAAUUGUGUAUAUAAUACUUUCUAAUCCAGUCAAAAGAUACACGGUUCUGCGUGAAGCGCUAUGGCCCUAAUUUCAGAGCGAACCGCUAAAUUAAAAGUAAACAUCACAAGUACACGAGUACACAUUUUACAGAACACAUAAAGGCUCUUUUGUGUAUCUGCAAAUUACCAGACCACCACAACUGGUAUAUCAAAAACCGUGGUAUGCACUGUCCUGUCUAUUUGAAAGUGCAUAUAAAAUACCCCAUGCUGCUAAUUUGUAAGCUUCUUUUAUACUGACUGUUUGACGUGUAUUCUGGGCAGGAAAAUCAGAAAGCUGAAUUUCGUGCCCCGAACAUCGUGCUUGAACCUCAUUUGGUUUUAAAAUAAAUUUCUAGAAAAUGUAUAUUUAAUAUAUAUAAUAAUAGUAAUAAUAUUUAACAUAUUUCAAUUUUCUCAUUUAAUACUGAGAAAUUAUUGUAGUAAAAAUGAGGUUCGUUUGCCGAAACAGACAUUACAUUUUGCGUCUAAAUCCGACAACGUGCUCAGCAUAAUCUCGAAUGUUCAGUGGUUUAUAAAACGAACUCCUCAUUAAAUAUAUUUCCAUCAUUUUGCUGUGUAAAUUAUAUUGAACAAUUAUUGGUGCAAUCACAUGUUUUUGGUGUGUGUUCCACAUAUAUAGUGUUUAAUCUAGUCUAAACGAUACACAUUUCGCCAAUCCGGAUCCUUUUUUAUAUUCAUUACUAUCGUUUAUACACCGCUUUUUGAUGUUUGGACGUGUAAAAAUGAAAUAUUAUAAUAUACAACUUGAUAUGUAGACAACCUCUGCAAUUAACAAAAUGUCUGCGGCAAAAAUAAAUAUGCCAAAACACAACAACAUGAGAAUUAAAAACUCUACAGCAAUCUCCACGGCAUUGCUGAUUGCCGUGGACAAUCGCAAGGGUCGUGUAUGUGUAUACUUCACAUGUUGUGCCAUGAAAUCUUCAAGUGUAGCAUGUCUGUAAGACUUUAAGAAGUUUGCUUGUGUACGAUUUUAAACGCUUGGCGUCUAAUGUCUUCUGAAUAACGCACUGAUUAUGUUAUACGCCAAUGAAAUUUAGGACUUCUGAUUUUGUUGGGGAAUUUUACUUCACCUCUUUGUGUUGAAAUUGAUCUUUCGGAUAAUAAUCCACAGAACCAUUUAAUUUAGGUUUUGUUCUACUAAACUUGUUGAUAUAUAUUAAUCAAAGCAUUGUUUAUCAAAUUAUAUGCACACAUCCGUCAAAGAGAUUUGAGAGAUUCAAAUAUAUCGGGCAGGAUCUGUGCUUAACGGAACUAUCCUGAGUUUUUGGCGAUUAUUAUUAUUUAUGUUUUGUUAUUUUAUUUUAUGCCAUGUGUCAGUCCCACAUGGAUAUCUAGCUAUCUUUACGACAUUUUUGCAAGCCUAUCUACAUAUUGUUAUUGUUGGGGUUUUUGUUCUAUUUAAUGGAGCACAUUGAUUUAUUAAUCAUCGGAUAGUGGAUGUCAAACAUUUGAUAAUUCUGACAUAUAGACUUAGAGAGGAAAUCCACUAUAGUUUGUCUAUUAGUAGCAAGGGAUCUUUUAUAUGCAUCUUUUAUAGACAGGAAAGCACAUACCACGGCCUUUGAUAUACCAGUCGGUGGGCACUGUCUGGAACACGGCUAGUAUAUCAAAGGCUAUGGUAUGUGCUACCAUGUCUGUGGGAUGGUGCAUAUAAAAGAUCAAUUUUGACCGCAUAAUUUUUAUUCUGUUUUUGUUUUGAACUGUAUAAGAAUAGAAUACUAGUUAAAAUGAGUGCAGAACGCAUUCUUGCGUUUAAAACGGAUAUCCAACUUAAAACGCGUGACAAAUUUAACUGUCAUUCCAUAAUUCUUUCUCUUCAUUAGUUUUGAUUAGGUUUUUUUUUACAAGGUUUAGAACAUUCAAUACACAGGAUUUCCCUUAGUACAACUGAAUAUCAAUUACUGCCAAUCAAAAUAUAGUGUACAUGUAUUAAAUAAUGUUAAAAUAUGUGAAAUGUAAAGUUUGUCGUGCACCGCCUAUGUAAAUAUACGUCUAUGAAAUAAAGUAUUUGUAUAUUUUCACGUCAGAUGUGAUAAUGUAUAUUGUUUUUGUGUAUCUAUACAUAUAUAUAUAUAUAUCUCUACACAGCAUCUGUUAAUGUCCAUUGAAGAAAUAUGUCUAUUUUUCACUGUACUGUUUAUAAGGCCAAAAAUUAAAACUGAAUUCCACAUUGUU